UAGCGCCUAAGAAAUCGUUUCUCGAAGGCGCUAGCACAAGAUAACACAGACGUACAGGUAAAUAAGUUCGAUAAAGGCGUUUCGGAUAACCCAUGGAAUACACAAAUAUACGUACAUACAUUAACACUGUGCAAUCUAAUUGAGGAUUUGAACGCGGAUCUCUCAUUAGCGGGCAAUGAAUAAAUUUGUUUAUGAAAGUGGAAAUGUACAAUGCUAGAUUAAGACAUCGUUGAUACUUUACAAUUCAUUAACCGUUAAGCCUUUAGGGCACCGUCUUUGUUAUGAUCAAUAUUAAAUCAGUGAAAUAGGAUCAGAAGUUCAAAUAGUGACAUCCUUUAUAUGGAUCUAAGGCCUAAAUAAUUUUGUAUAUGGAAACAUAAAAAAUGUCAGAUACACCUGUAAAACAGAUUCAGAAUUGCGCAUCUCCGGACUCAGUUACUAUAGUGACACCGGGACUACCUAACCACGAUGCCGGAAGUACAACAGAGCCUCCAGAAAAUAUAUGCAAGUCAGUUUCAAAAGAUUCUGGAGAAACCGAAGUUGUUAAAAAGUCUUCGAUCUCAAGUUCAGGGUCAUUCAAACGCCGGUCUAUUCGGAGACGAUCUAGCAAGCGUUUAAGCAAACCCGAACCAGAGUUUGGACAUGACACCAAAACGUACGAGAAAAUUCAAGAACGGGUUUUACAAGAACGUGCAGUGACGAACGCCAUAGACGCUUUACAGGAACGCUGGAGAAUGAUAAUGUUUAUGUAUGACGACUGUGUUGCACUGAAUGAGCAAAGAAGAGAAUUAAAAUUGAGAAAACUCUGUGUACAAAGACAGUUUGAACUAAUUUUGAUUAUAUCGAUAUUCAUGCUAAUAUGUAUACCUAUAUCAGUGGUCAUUGUUUUAAUAAACAGAUAACAAAGCCAAUUUAAACGCUUUAUAUUACUAUUUAAUCUGAUACUCUAAGAUUAGCAAUACCACUGUAAAUCAAAUGUCGGCAUGCAUGCUACAAAAAUGUAAUUUACGGAGGUACAUUUUGCCAUAUGAGCCGCAAUUUACUUGUUGUCCUAUCUAUACCCUUACAAAAUAAUAACAAACUCUCACUGCGAUUUGCGAGACGCCUGUAUUUAGAGACGACAUACUUUAUAUGAGGUGAAAUACAACAUGACAUUUCGGAAUGAACAAUAUUAUCUCACAUACAGUUAACAUUAUAGUAUAUCAAUAUGUUAUGAAAUACACAUCUCUGUUUAAAAAUAAACAUGUAUAACUGU